AAGCCGGCCGAGAAACGAAAUAUCAGGAAAUAUUUUGAACCGUUCACUAGAAGGCGGAUGCAAAAGAGCGAGAUCACUUUGUCAUUUUGUCGCUAUGGCGUUACAUAGUCUCCAGCCAAUGAUUUUAUGCCCGGCAGCAAACGUUUCACGCAUGAUGCUCCCAUUUACGGCUUUAUGGAGACAGUAUUUUUAUGCGUUCCGCCGAACUCAGACCAGAACAGAUAUUUGCAAGAUUGCUUAGCAGUAAUAUGGAUGAAGAUUGUUCUGAGACCAAUAACAACAACCAAAAGCUGGACACGGAAAAUGGCAAAGAUAUUGAGAAGAAGAAGGGAUUGGCAUUGCUGAUUUAUGAUUUGAAACAACCCAAGUUAAUCCCUAUCAAAAUCCUAAGUCUACUUGUUUUUUCCGGUUAUGGAGUUCUAUUGCCCUACGCUGCAAUUCAUAUGAAAUCUUUAGGGAUCAGCGUUGAAGAAACCGGUGCCAUUUACACCGUGUCUGCAGUCUUCGGUGUAUUGACCCCUAUCUGCACAGGCAUGAUCGCUGAUAAAAUAGGAAAUUUCAAGGUACUUUUGAGCGCAUUGUUCGGCUUUGCUAGCAUCACUUCGCUCAUGUUCUUGUUUGUUCCAGUCGGAAGGAUUUCAGUGGAUUACCCAACCAACAUUUCGAUGUCAUUGGGUUGCGUCGACGAAAACUCGACACUUACGUUAACAGAUCUCGAUUUACAUCCGUGCAACUUGAAACUGGGCCCAAAUUUAGAAAACGGCGUUUUUUUAAAUGUGUCAGUGACACUAGAAGAGUGCGGAAGUGUGUGUUUUCACAGAGAAAAAUGGGACGAAUGGAGUGGCACUGAAACAAGCCAAGAAACUACCUCUUCUUUUGUAAACGAUAUCUUUUUAAAUGACCCCACCGGGAAAGAAUUUCGUGAUGCGGUAUUUUUCCCCAACGACUGGGAAUUAGACAUGUCAUGCUCACAGCAAAAUCUGACUGGCGAAGGUAUCUGUCAGCUAGAUCGCAAAAGUGGUACUGGAUCAGGGAAAGAAAACAACGUAACUCUGGGAUUGAAUUUAUUUAACGAUCACAGCAACCAAACUGCAGGAAUGAUCCCCGUCGAGUGGAUGGUUUGGGAAGACGAAUCCGGGUUUGAGCAGAGGGCUAGCCAUUUUCAGUGUAGCUCUUACGGCCAAAAACAAAAACUCCUUCAGCAGGCUGCGUAUUUUCAAGACAAUCAAACGGAAAACCGCCGAUCCAUCUACCAGCAAUUCUGUCGAUCGCUGUGCAUCGUCCAGAUCAACCGCGCCGACAUCUGUUCCAAUAAAGUGCGAGAAGAUGUCAUCAAUCCUCAGUUCACAUUCUGGACGUACUUGUUACUUCGAUCGGUGUUUGAAAUGUUCAUCAGUGGGUCUGCCACUUUGUUUGAUGGAGCCUCUUUGGUAUUGGUCAAUGAAGUCCGUGGUGAUUUUGGUUUCCAGAAAAUGUUUGGAUUCAUCGGGAUUGCAAUUUUUUCACCGAUUUCUGGAGCCAUGAUGGACCAUUUUAGUACAAAUGAAAAGGAUACAAAUUUUCGGCCGGCUUUCUUUCUUUUUGCUGGAUUAUUUGGCAUUGCGGCUGUUGGAAUGUUAACGAUUGAUCUCAAUUUUAAACCUCCGGCGGAGAAACUGGUAAAAAAUGUGAUAUCGUUGUUGAAAAUCGUCGAGUUGGACGUUCUACUAGCCGUUAGCUUCAUCUCAGGAAUGUUGUUGAGUUGUUCGGGAAAUUACUUGUUCCUAUUUUUGGAAGAAAUUGGAGCUACCAAGUCAUUAAUAGGCCUAUCUGUUACUAUCUCUUGUCUAGCAGCGAUUCCGAUACUUUUGCUAUCAGAGACGAUUUUUCGUCUAUUCAGUAUUCCCAAUCUGAUUGUCGUUACCCUUUUCAUCUACGUCGUACGUCUGAUAGGCUAUUCUUACAUCACCGACCCAAAAAUGUGUCUCGUGUACGAGUCUAUUGAAGCGAUAAGCGGCACUCUGACCCUGAUAUCUCAAAUGGUCUAUGCAACCCAACUGGGGACGACGUCCACUGUGACCUCCAUUCAGGGAUUAAUUUCAACGGUCUACUUCGGACUAGGGGGUGGUAUCGGAAAUUCUCUAGGCGGAGCUUUGAUCGGAGCGUACGGCCUGCGAGUGGUUUUACGCAUUUCGGGCGCCGUCGCUUUCCUCACUGGAUUCCUCUAUUUUCUCUUUAAUAUCUGUUAUCUGCGUCCAAGGGCCAACGAAAAAAUUAACACUACCUUUGACAAGACUGAAGAGUGAAGAAAUUCAGUGACAUUCAACGCCCGUUAUAGUAUUUUAUAGCCAACAGCUUCUAAGCUAAGCUUUUUCAUAAUAAUCCAUCAUUAAGUCGGUCGCAUAAGGACUCUUCUACUUGCUUAUUUAGAUUAUUUAUAGUACAACCUACGCAAUAUUCCAAAAUUUAAAGAUUAAAUAAAUUUCAGUAAAUUGUUAACAAAAACGUUUAGUUCUGUUUCUUGUUAAAUAUGAAUUAAGUGACACAUCGGUAGCUAUGGUAGUGCUAGCUUAGCUCAAUGGUUGACCAUUGACACAAUUUUUGUUUUCUUAAGCGGUAACGAAAAUUGCAUUUACUUGUCUUAGCUGCAUCGUUUAACCGUUUACCUGAUUCCAGUGGCUUUAUUUAUCAUGGAUGAGGAGGAGAUUAUGUGCGAACGAGGGCGAAAUAUGAGUUAAAAAUCCAGUGGCAACAGGAGAACAACCGGAAACAUUUCAUCAAUGUAAUUUCUGCAUUGGUAUAGUUUAGUUUAAAAAGUUAAUUUUGUGAAAUUUUUUAUAACGAGCUGGACGUUCUACUUGCCGUUUGCAUCACCUCGGGUAAAAAUGUUUGAAAGCCGCUUAUUGAUGCACAAUUAGCUAAAAAUUCUUUAGACAGGAUUCUUGGUGGGAUGCACGGGAAAUUAUUUGUUUGAUUAUUUUUGGAAGAAAUUGGUGGGGUCAGGUUUUUAAUGGAACUAACGGUCACCAUCUCUUGUAUAACAGCAAUUCUACUGCUUCUGUUAUCGGAUACCAUUUUUCGUCUUUAGGCUUUUUACCUUCUCCGCACGUCUUAUCUUAGGUAUGUUUCGAAUUCGUUUUAUUGAGUUCAAGCAGUUGCUUUUUAAUUCCAAGUGAGUCUAAUGCCCAAGGAUAUUCGUACAUCUCCAACCCGAACUUGUGUCUCGUAUACGAGUCUAUGGAAGCCAUUACUGGUAUUCUACCAAUGACAUCUUUUAUGAUCUAUGGAACCCAACUGGGGACGACAUCCACUGCGACUUCCAUUCAAGGAUUGAUUUCAGCGACCUACUUUGGACUAUAGAUCUGUGACGACCCUAUACGAAGAAGUUUAAGGAUUAUCAACUCUUUAUUGCUUUAAUAAUUGAUGACUCACUGGGUGAAAUAAGGGCUGGAAUCGGAGCGUUCGACCAGCGAGUGGUUUUCCGCAUUUUCGUCGCUUAUUUCCUCACUGGAUUCCUCUAUACUCAAUUUAAAAAUUUUUUUAAACGGGAAGGUCGAAGAAAUUCAGUGACAUUCAACGUCCGUUUAGCGCGUUAGUCUUUUUGUAGCCAGCAGCAUCUAAGCAAACUCCUUUCCUAUAAAUCAUUAAAUCGGUCCUUUUGAGACUCGACUAACUUUUUUACUAAACAUUUUUAGCUUAUGUACAGAUUAAAGCCUAGAUGAAAUAUUCAAAAUAUUAAAGACUAAAAGAAUUUCAGUUAUUGUCAUAAUUUGAUAAAUCAAUAUAAAAGAAGCUUUCAUGUCA